AUGCCUCUGACAAAGGAAGGUGCCGAAAUGCCUCUGACCAAGGAAGGCGCUGAAGUGCCUCUGACCAAAGAAGGCGCGGAAAUGCCUCUGACCAAGGAAGGUGCCGAAAUGCCUCUGAACAAGAAAGGCAUCGAAAUGCCUCUGACCAAAGAAGGUGCCGAAAUUCCUCUGACCAAGGAAGGGGCCGAAGUGCCUCUGACCAAGGAAGGUGCGGAAGUGCCUCUGACCAAGGAAGGUGCGGAAGUGCCUCAGACCAUGGAAGGUGCCGAAAUGCCUCUGACCAAGGAAGGUGCCGAAAUGCCUCUGACCAAGGAAGGGGCCGAAGCGCCUCUAACCAAGGAAGGUGCAGAAGUGCCUCAGACCAUGGAAGGUGCCGAAAUGCCUCUGACCAAGGAAAGGGCCGAAGCGCCUCUAACCAAGGAAGGUGCAGAAGUGCCUCAGACCAUGGAAGGGGCCGAAAUGCCUCUGACCAAGGAAAGGGCCGAAGCGCCUCUAACCAAGGAAGGUGCAGAAGUGCCUCAGACCAUGGAAGGUGCCGAAAUGCCUCUGACCAAGGAAGGCGCCGAAGUGCCUCUGACCAAGGAAGGUGCCGAAAUGCCUCUGACCAAGGAAGGCGCCGAAAUGCCUCUGACCAAGGAAGGCGCCGAAAUGCCUCUGACCAAGGAAGGCACGGAUGUGCCUCUGACCAAGGAUGAUGCCGAAAUGCCUCUGUCCAAGGACGAUGCCGAAAUGGCUCUGACCAAGGAAGUCGCCGAAAUGCCUUUGACCAAAGAAGGUGCCGAAAUGCCUCUGACCAAGGAAGGCGCUGAAAUGCCUCUAACCAUGGAAGGCACUGAAAUGCCUCUGACCAAGGAAGGGGGUGAAGCGCCUCUGACCAAGGAAGGCACUGAAGUGCUUCUGACCAUGGAAGGUGCCGAAAUGCCUCUGACCAUGGAAGGUGCCGAAAUGCCUCUGACCAAGGAAGGCGCCGAAAUGUCUCUGACCAAGGCUGGCGCCGAAAUGCCUCUGACCAAGGAAGGAGCCGAAAUGCCUCUGACCAAGGAAGGCACGGAGGUUCCUCUGACCAAGGAAGGUGCCGAAAUGCGUCUGACCAAGGAAGGUGCCGAAAUGCGUCUGACCAAGGAAGGUGCCGAAAUGCCUCUGACCAAGGAAGGCGCUGAAGUGCCUCAGACCAUGGAAGGUGCCGAAAUGCCUCUGACCAAGAAAGGGGCCGAAGCGCCUCUAACCAAGGAAGGUGCAGAAGUGCCUCAGACCAUGGAAGGUGCCGAAAAGCCUCUGACCAAGGAAGGCGCCGAAGCGCCUCUGACCAAGGAAGGCGCCGAAGUGCCUCUGACCAAGGAAGGUGCCGAAAUGCCUCUGACCAAGGAAGGCGACGAAAUUCCUCUGACCAAGGAAUGCGCCGAAAUGCCUCUGACCAAGGAAGGCACGGAAGUGCCUCUGACCAAGGAAGGCGCCGAAAUGCCUCUGACCAAGGACGAUGCCGAAAUGCCUCUGACCAAGGACGAUGCCGAAAUGCCUCUGACCAAGGAAGGUGCCGAAAUGCCUCUGACCAAAAAAGAUGCCGAAAUGCCUCUGACCAAGGAAGGCGCUGAAAUGUCUCUGACCAAGGAAGGGGUUGAUGCGCCUCUGACCAAGGAAGUCGCCGAAAUGCCUCUGACCAAGGAAGGCGCAGAAGUGCUUCUGACCAAGGAAGGUGCCGAAAUGCCUCUGACCAAGGAAGGCGCCGAAAUGCCUCUGACCAAGGAAGGCACGGAAGUUCCUCUGACCAAGGAAGGUGCCGAAAUGCCUCAGACCAAGGAAGGCGCCAAAAUGCCUAUGACCAUGGAAGGUGCCGAAAUGCCUCUGACCAAGGAAGGCGCUGAAGUGCCUCUGACUAAGGAAGGUGCCGAAAUGCCUCUGACCAAGGAAGGUGCCGAAAUGCGUCUGACCAAUAAAGGUGCCGAAAUACCUCUGACAAAGGAAGGCUUCGAAAUGCCUCUGACCAAGGAAGGUGCGGAAAUGCCUCUGACCAAGGAAGGCGCUGAAGUGCCUCUAACCAAGGAAGGUGCAGAAGUGCCUCAGACCAUGGAAGGUGCCGAAAUGCCUCUGACCAAGGAAGGGGCCGAAGCGCCUCUAACCAAGGAAGGUGCAGAAGUGCCUCAGACCAUGGACGGUGCCGAAAUGCCUCUGACCAAGGAAGGCGCCGAAGCGCCUCUGACCAAGGAAGGUGCCGAAAUGCCUCUGACCAAGGAAGGCGCCGAAGUGCCUCUGACCAAGGAAGGUGCCGAAAUGCCUCUAACCACGGAAGGCGCUGAAGUGCCUCUGACCAAGGAAGGUGCCGAAAUGCCUCUGACCAAGGAAGGUGCCGAAAUGCGUCUGACCAAGGAAGGUGCCGAAAUGCGUCUGACCAAGGAAGGUGCUGAAAUACCUCUGACAAAGGAAGGCUUCGAAAUGCCUCUGACCAAGGAAGGUGCGGAAAAUGCCUCUGACCAAGGAAGGCGCUGA